AUGAAUCAAAUUAAAAAAUUAGAUGAUAAACCAAUCUCCAAAAAAUUUGAUUCAAUUCUACCAUACUUACCAAAAAAAGCAAGAUUAAAUGUCAAAACUAUCUGUCUUUUAGAUCUUUUAUCAACUCAAAUAUUAAGAUUCCUCCUUUUAAAUUAUCAUGAUAUCUCUAAUAUUGCCAUUCUAUUAGACCCAAAAUAUUCAUAUUUGGAUUCUUCAGAAGAUGGAACUCCAAAAAUUAUAGAACCUGACACUAAAUUGUUUCAUCAUUUAAUUCAAAUCUUUAAAGAUUCUUUACUUUUAUACAAAUCAGAUAUAAGCAUCCCAUUAACUGUUUCAGAUAUUGUUCCAGGAAUUUGGUUAGAUAUUCAAUUCCCUCCUUAUUUAUUAAAAGGUCAUUCCACCUUUAUUAUAACAACAAUUAGAAAAGUUAAUAUUGUAAGUUAUUUAUUAACUCUAUUAAAUUUUUUCCCAUUUGGAUUUGAAUACUUACAAAAAAAUUUCUUAAAAAUAUUUUGUCCAUCAACUCUUGAAAUUGAUGAAGAUACUUUAUAUGAUAAUAUCUUAUGUGCAUCAGAUCAUUCAGGAAAAUUAUUAAAGACUCAAGCGGUUUUAUUUUUAGAUCUAAAAACACAUGCAUAUAUAUCAAUAAUAACACAAGAAAUUGCCCAAAAAAAUUCCUCCAUAACAAAAGAUCCGAUUAGUUUAGUAAAUUUAAUUCCGGAUGAUAUUAAAUUUAAAUAUUUAGAUAUCAUCUUUCCUGAAAAUAUGGCUAAUGUUCUAUUUACAAAACAAAGUACCUUAACCACAUCUCAAUUUAAUGACAUAACUUCGGCUGAACAAGAUUUUAUUGAUCGUUCUUCUCGUAGAAAAGAAAAUUUAUUACAAGUAACUGAUUUGAAUCAAUUAUUAAUGGAAUAUAAUUGGGAACAAUAUAUGAAAGGUCUAUUAGAAUAUUGUAAUAAGCACCUUGGUUUAUUAGUGUGGGGUAGAAAAGGUAGAUUGAAAUCACCUUUAUUCCAUGACACGUUGGAUAAUAAAGGAUCAAUCCAAGAAAGGGAGGAUACAAGUAAAUUAAAUUUUCCAAAAAUAUCAUCAAAAAAGUCUAAUAUUGAAUUGUCCAAAAAUCUUAAAAAUGAGGGAAAUUCUAAAAUAAUCAAGAAACGGCCAAUUAAAGAUCAAAUCUCAGAAUUAAGCAUACCAGAAACAUUAUUAUCUGACCCAGAGCUCGAUAAUGGGAAAGGGUUUCCAGAUCAUUCUCUUAAAAUUGCUUCGAAUAAGGAAUUAAUUAUAAAAUCCAUUACACCAGAUCCUAUCGUAGUAAAGGAAAUCCAAAAUAUGCAAAAUGCCAUGUUAAAUAAACCGUCUAAGAAACCAACGUCUAAAAGAAUAUGGCUUAAGGAAGAAGAAGCAGCUUUAGUCUCUGGUUUAAAAGCUGUGGGUCCUUCUUGGUCAAAGAUCUUGGAUCUAUAUGGUCCUGGUGGUAGAUAUAAUGAGGCUUUGAAAAAUAGAACUCAAGUUCAAUUAAAAGAUAAAGCUAGGAACUGGAAAUUAUAUUACUUGAAAAAUAAAAUUGAGUUACCUGAAUAUCUGUUAAAAGUAACGGGGAAUAUAUCGAAGGCAAACAAGAUUAAAAAAAAGAAGGGCAUAUAA